AAUGCUCCUGUGCAUAAUCCCACUGCACUGCAGAAAUGUAGAGACAGUGAAGUUCACUGAUGAGAAAAAGACACAACAAAUAAAAGCAGUCUGGCUCUGUUGGGAGUGAUGUCACUGUUCUUAUGUGAUGAUGGAAUAUUUGAGUCGUUCAUCAUCAGUACAUCAUUAUCAUUAGAGUGUCUCUCAUUACUGUAGUUUUCCUCUCCUCCAUGACUGAAAAUAGCCCAGAACACACACAGCAGGAGCUUCUGACACACACUCACACACACUAUCUGCCUGUUUGAUGAGUCUCUAUAUCAGUGACUCACAACAAGCAGCAAAUAAUGAAGAGUCAGCAGCUCUGAAAGACUUGAUUACUGAGAUCCUCUCAUCUCCUUCACUUCCAUUUCACUUCAUUUAAGAAUGAUCAGCUUCUCUUAUUCAGUCUGCAGAGUCUCUCAGCAGAGAUUUACUAGAUGAUCAGGAAAGAGUUAAACUGAUGUCAAAGAACCUGAAGAUGAGAUUUGGGAGAAGUUGUUAUUUUUAGUUUUUUAUGCGUAACUCGUGGCUUCAAGCAUGAAAUCUUCAGGAUGUUUUAUUCACUUCUACAGUCUGUAAUAAGGCAGAUAAGAUAUGAGAGAUUGAAGAGGGAGGAGUGAAAGACAGACUGAUAUAGAGAUGACUAAUAUUUUUUGUAAAUUGAUUCUAUAUAAAUUAAUUUCAUCAAAGUUAUUACAUGAAUUUUAGACUUUCUCCCAAUUUCCCUCAAUCACACAGUGUACUACACGUGUUUCCCCAGCUGUGAUUAUUCAUCUCCAGAUAUUCACAAAAACCUUAUACAAACAGUAUUUUAACCAUUUAAUUUUAGUAAACAGGGAUGGAUUCCUUAACAUUUUUAGUUGGAUCACAGAGACAAACUUCUGCCCUCAUUACUGUUUUCUGCUCAAAUUGUUUGUUUUACAAAAGCUAAUUUAUUUACAAUAUGUGCGUCAAAAAUAAGCCAGUUAAUCUCAGUAGGAAAUAACAGAAUCUCAGGUGUAAAACAGAAGGCUCUUUACAAACGACAGUGACUUCUUUUAAAGACCCCUAAAGACACAUUCAUAUACAUAUCGUCAAUUAAUUAUAAUACAGCCUUGCAGGAAGCUAGGGAGAGAGAGAGAGAGGUGGACAGACAGAGAGAGAGGUAGGCAGAUCACAGACAAAAAUUACAGUAGCAAAUGUAAUACUGAAACAAAAAUCAAACCAUAAGUCUGCAUGAGAUAGUCAUAAAGAAAAGAAACCCUAAACAACAGUGCAACAUCAUCCACAUUCACUCUUCUUCCAUUUUCAGUUUCUUAUAUUUAAAUGUAAUAAUUCACUUAUGAUUCCAUACAUGAAAUCUUCACAUUAUAUUAUUCACUUCACAGCUGCAUUCAAUGAGUGAAGACCUGAAUGUAUCAGCGGAUUUUUUCUUGAGAAGUGAGCUGAGAAAGUCUUCUCGAGUUAAUAGAGUCUUAGUUUAUCAGAGAGACAGAAAAUGGACAAAAGAAGAAAGACUGAAAAUGAAGGAAUCUGUUCUGCUGAUUGUGGCUAAACAUGAGCAAACAGAUCCUCAUGGCUUCACUAUAAAACCAAGGAAGCAAACUUGGAAAGAUGUCUUGGCUGUUCUACAACGUUUUGGAUCUGCAAUCACAGGAGGCUCAAAGAUGCCCACAAGUGAACAUAAGAACUACUCAGAAAAGGCACUUUCUGGUGUCGGUGUGAUCUCCUCUGAUUCCCUAGUAGAAGAUUCUAGCUCAGCAUCUGCACAGCACCCUUACGAUGAAGAUGCUUGUUCAGACAUGGGCUCACAGAGUAGUGCUGCAGAUGGAUUGUUCAAGACUGCUGAAGGAUUCGUUCCUGAAAUGGCUGAAUACAGUUCAGAGACUGAGAAUAGUAACAUGUACAGGUUUCUGUGCCCUCAUUCUGGUCAGUUUCAGUGCAGCGAGACCAACCUUGUGUUUGAGAUGGAGUGGAAAGGGGAGGUGCUGUAUAAAAUAGAGUCCUGGGACCCCCGUUUCUUGGAUGGUCUAGGUCAGAUGCAGCCUGCUGGACCCCUAUACAGUGUAGACUGCUUUGAAGGUUCACUGAGUCAUCUGCACCUCCCACACUGUGAGAUACAAUAUGAGGAAAACCAGCUUGUGGUGGCACAUUUUACUGGUGAAAAUACAGAGAUCAUACAGCCACUAAACGUGACGAAAACACAUGUUAUUAUUAACAUCCAAGACCUUUCCCUCUUCGGCCUUCUAAAGAAAAUGAUUUUAUAUCCCAGUCCCAUAAACGCCCAAGUCCUGCUCUUCUAUAAAGAAACGAUGGACGAGCAAAAGAGGAAAAAACUACACAUUCAUUUACUGCCAGAGAAUGUUCCGGUUAAAGAGGUGGAGGGAAAGCAUAUGGGUAGCAGAUACUUUGAGACCAGCUCCACAUGUGAACUCCUCCCUGGAAGAAGAUACAGACCACUCUGUGACCCCUAUGUUUCUGAACCAAAGGUUGCCAAAUUUAAGUGUGACUGUGGCCCAAACUAUCACCCCACGUUUGUGGUGUUCCUUCAGGCUGAGGAGGUUACAGUGAGUCUUUUAGAUGAAGAUGACAUGGAGGUGUGGGAACCUCAUCAGAUCCUUCUAACAACUAAAAAACCUGGUAAUACUACAAAGACAAGCCCUCUUACAACGGAAGCAGGAGCUGCAUUUGUGGAUGAACACAGAAUAGAGCUCAUUCAGAGAGUUUCCUCAGUGAUGGAGAUCGUGGACUAUUUGCACAGUAAAAACAUGAUCACUGCUGAAAUGUACAGCAACAUACAAACUGCAACACCAUCUCAGAAACAAAUGAGGAUCUUGUACAGAGUUCUUGACUCAGGAGGAAAAGCUGUAAAAGAAGAAUUCUAUGAAGUUCUUAAAAAGAAACAGUGUUUCUUAGUGGACGAACUGGAGGCUGGACCCAGCAGGGCUUAG